AUGACAGCUUUCGGCGGAGGAUAUCUUGAACCAACUGGUCUGUUCGGAUAUACCUCUGUAAACCAUCCUACAUCCCUUCGACCGCUGACCGAACGUACUAUAUAUCAUGCUCAACAUAUAGUGGAAAUGAUCCGGAAAGCUCCUGAUGAUGUGACAGGAAGAGAAUUGAGAUUGGUGGUUAAGAACCUUGACAGACUCAGUGAUUUAUUAUGUGGAGUUAUAGAUAUGGCAGAAUUGAUUAGGAAUGUACAUCCUGAUCCAACUUGGGUGGAGGAGAGUGAUAAAGCUUAUGAAAGAUUGUGUAGCUUUAUGAAUGAGCUCAACACGGACACGAGGUUAUAUCAAUCACUCAAGCUUGCACUACAACACCCCCAUUCGACCCCGUUGAGCGAAGCCGAACGUCAAGUUGCUCUUACCUUCCUACGUGAUUUCGAAAAAUCAGGCAUCCAUCUCCCACCAGAUCUUCGAUCUCGUUUUGUAUCACAAUCCGAUUCUCUCCUCUCCCUCGGUCGUACAUUUCUCAAUGACGCAUCUUCUGGACCUUCACAGGAUCCUCCCAUCGAAAUUCCAGAAGCUGAUCGUCUUUUGGUAGGAAUGGGAAGUGCGUUUAUAUCUUCACUCCCUCGCGGUAAAGGAAAAUCCCGUUCAAGCGUAUUCGUCACACCUGGUUCUUGGGAAUCUCAAAUGAUCGCCCGAUAUGCUAGAGAAGGCGAAGCUCGUCGACUUGUCUAUGUGGGAUCUUUACGUCCUGAUCCGGAUCGUAUUCAAGUAUUGGAACAAAUGUUACUUGAACGUGCUGAAUUAGCCAAUUUGCUCGGUAAAGAAACAUGGGCAGACGUUGCUUUGGUUGACAAAAUGGCAAAAACACCUGGAAACGUCAUGAACUUUCUAACUUCCUUAGCUGAACAUAAUCGACCUGCAGCGGCUACAGAUAUUGUAAUGUUACAGAAAAUGAAAGCUUCUGCUCUCACUGGAAAUCCUUUCGCCUCAGAGACAAUCAAAUUACCUCCGAUAUACGCAUGGGAUAAAGAUUUCUUUUCGGAAAGACACAUGAUGUCUCUUUCACCAGUAUCGAGUUUACCACCCAUCACACCUUAUUUCUCAACUGGAAACAUCAUGUUAGGUCUCUCUCGUUUGUUCUCAAAACUCUAUGGAAUAUCUUUCAAACCUGUCAGUGUGGCACCGGGAGAAGUAUGGCAUCCUUCUGUUAGACGUUUGGAGGUGGUUGACGAAGAAGAAGGGAUAAUAGGUGUUAUAUAUUGUGAUUUAUUUUCAAGAGAAGGAAAACCUCCUUCAGCUGCUCAUUAUACCGUUAGGUGUUCAAGGAGAGUUGACGAUGAUGAUUUGCUUGGAGAUGGACUGGAAUCGUAUUGGGAUUCAAAGUACGGAAAGGGGUUGGAAGUGGAAGGGGAGAAGGUUAGAGGAAGAGAAGGGAAAUAUCAAUUACCAAUUGUGGUUUUGACUACGGAUUGUGGGGUGGUAGAGGAAGGAAGACCUGCUGUUUUGGGAUGGAAUGAUGUGGAAACUUUGUUCCAUGAGAUGGGGCAUGCGAUACAUUCUAUGAUCGGUAGAACGGAAUAUCAUAACGUAUCCGGUACACGUUGCGCGACUGAUUUUGUUGAACUUCCUUCAAUCCUAAUGGAACAUUUCGUUUCUUCUCCAUCCGUUUUAUCACUAUUCGCAACUCAUCACACGACAAACCAACCUCUACCGCUUCCUCUCCUCGAAGCUCAUUUAGAUAUCAGAGAUUCACUCUCAUCACUCGAAACACAUGGUCAAAUACUAAUGGCCAUUUUAGAUCAACGAUAUCAUACUAUACAUCAUGGUGAUCCAUUUGAUUCCACCAAGAUACACUAUGAUCUUCAAGAAUCUCUAGGAGUCGUACCACCUGUAAAAGACACAGCUUGGCAAACUCAAUUCGGUCAUUUACAUGGUUAUGGAGCUACUUAUUAUUCUUAUCUAUUCGAUAGAGCCAUAGCUGGGAAGAUAUGGCACAGUCUAUUUGCCUCGAACGGUGGGUUAAGUAGAGAAGGAGGAGAGAAAUUUAAAGAUGAAGUUUUACGUUGGGGAGGUGGGAAAGAUCCUUGGGAAAUGGUAGCGAAUGUCAUUGGAGGUGAAGAGGGAGAUGAAGUUUUGAAGGGUGAUGAAGGUGCUAUGAAGGUGGUAGGUGGUUGGAUGAUAAAGUGAUACUUGGAUUGCUUUAUACAUUUACUUUGCUUUUUUCCCUCACGAUCAUUUGUCAUCCAGAUUCGUCCUCAAUUGCGGGGCUAGGAUGAGAAGAGAACAAAAAGAAAGAGAGGAUGGAAAACUUUCGAUGUGGGAUGAAGGGAGAGAAGCCAUUGGGAUGAUAUAGGGCUGCGGUUAGUGUGAGUGGGUGAAGUGAAGUGAGUACGUGCGGAUGCUGAAGUCUUUGAAGGGAAGACAAGCGGCGGGAUGAGAAUGGACCGUAAUGCAAUUAGAGGUUAAUCAUAGAAUAUCACCAUUUCUUUUUGGGCAUCUGUAGCCCUUUGACGGCUUUGUAGCAUAUCUGCACAAACAAUGCAUAUUCUUCAUUUA